UGCUGAUCGAAUACUCUUUACCAAUUUGCAAAAUGGUACAACAAGAGGCGGUGGUCGUAAGGAACGCCAUGAAGCGUUAUGGGAAAGAACAAUUGGUGCUUAACGAUUUGAAUAUGACCGUUUCCAGGGGUUCUAUAUACGGACUAUUGGGAGCCAGUGGAUGCGGCAAAUCCACCCUGUUGUCUUGCAUCGUCGGGAUUCAUUAUUUUAACAGCGGAAAAGUAUGGGUCUUAGGGGAAAUUCCAGGCAGCAAGGGCUCUGGCAUCCCUGGGCCUCGAGUGGGUUACAUGCCGCAAGAUAUCUCCUUGGCAGGAGAAUUCACCAUAAGCGAUGCCUUCUAUUACUUCGGCAGGAUCAAUGGGCUCAAAGAUGAAGAGAUCGGGACAAAACAGACCUUUUUCUCAGAGUUUCUUCAAUUACCUCCGUUGGAUCGUUUAGUAAAGAAUAUGAGUGGAGGUGAACAAAGAAGGGUUUCCUUUGCCUGUGCGUUGAUCCAUACGCCCGAGCUUUUAAUUUUGGACGAACCCACUGUGGGUUUGGAUUCAGUUUUAAGGGACAAUAUUUGGACUUAUAUGGAAAAGCUCACGCAAAAGGAAGGCGUCACUGUGUUAAUCACAACGCAUUAUAUCGAAGAGGCUAAAAAGGCUACUAAAAUCGGUUUAAUGAGAAAAGGUAAAUUGCUGGCGGAAUUGAAACCGUGCGAAUUGCUGCAGCAAUUUCAAUGCUCGCUCUUAGAAGAAGCUUUCUUAAAACUGUCCGAAACACAGGAUGAAGAGAUUACUUCGAAUGAAAGGUAUCAAAGAUUAUCGGAGGGUACCAGUAGCAACGUCCUGUCUCAAGAUAGAUAUGAACCAACAAAAGAAAUCUCGGAGACUAAAGCAAUUUCGGGAAGUCAAGUUUUGAGAUUAAAAAGGCUUAAAGCUUUAACGAUAAAAAACCACAUCCAAUUUAUCCGUGAUUACAUAGGUCUCCUUUUUAAAAUUUUCUUCUUGCUUCAAACCAACUUAUUCCUUGUGUCAGUUGGCGGAGAUCUAAAGGAUAUAAAGAUUGGUAUUAUCAACGAAGAAGCUAGAAAUUGUAAUUUUGGCAUCAAUAUUGGAAAUGUUUGGAAAGAUGAAAGCAUCUGCAACUUUGGCAAUCUCAGCUGCAGAUUUCUUCACCAUUUUGACGAUUCUAUCGCGAUAAAGGAAUAUUAUCAUGACUUUUCUGAAGCGGAACGUGAUGUACAAAAUGGAAAACUCUGUGGUAUAAUGUAUUUUAGUCAAAACUUUUCCGAAGGUAUGCAAAAACGAGUGGAAAACUAUCUUUACACAAAGGAUUCCGAUCUUAACGCCAGUGAAAUUCAAGUUUUUCUCGAUAUGAGUGAUUCACAAACUGGGCUUUUUAUGCAGAGAAAACUAUUCAAGCGUUUUAUAGAAAUUUUUGAGGAUAUUAUGAGAGAUUGCAAUUAUUCGAUAAAAUUGGCUCAUCUACCCAUUAAAUUUGAAGAUCCUAUUCAUGGUAAAACUGACUACAAUUAUAAAGAUUUCACGACACCGUCAGCCAUAUUAACAUUUAUCUUCUUUUUGGCUGUCACAAACUCUACCAACUUGAUACUCGCAGAUAGGUCGGAAGGUCUCUGGAACCGAAGUAUAAUCCAAGGGGUCAGGACAGAAGAAAUCCUGUUAUCUCACAUUUUUUACCAGAGUUUAAUCGGACUUAUUGAUACCAUCGUGUUAAUGCUCACAUUCUUUGUUCUCUGGGGUACGGAUUAUAAGGGAUCGAUAUUCGUCAUAUCCUUCGUCGUAUUUCUUAGCGGCUUUUGCGGAUUGAUGUACGGUUUCACUAUCUCUGUUUUCUGCAAAAAUCACACCAUGGCGCAUUACAGUUCGGCUGGAAGCUUUCUCCUGCUACUAUUAAUUAGCGGAGCUAUAUGGCCGUUGGAGGGGUCGUCAAAAUAUAUUCGCUGGUUUAUCUACGUUAUGCCAAUUACUUUGCCCUCCAUAUCCAUGAGAGGACUUAUUUACAAAGGUUCUUUUAUAUUUGAGUGGGAAGUUUUGAUUGGCAUCUUUAUGAGUUUAAUAUGGAUAUCGUUUUUUCUUCUUGCGACUAUAUUAUAUUUAAGACGGAAAAUCUUGUGAUAUUUGGAAAAGAAAAUUUUUUUGAAAGAAAACAGAAACAAUUUUGCAUGAUUUAAUGAGUUCAGUUGAACAAAUAUGCAGAGUGUGUUUCAAAAAACUAAAAUGUGUAAGCAUCUGUUAAUAUUAGAGAGUAUCAUGACACGGUUUUAUUAAUUUAUUGUGAUGGCUCAAGGAGUACAAUUUCGGAGUAAAUGAAGCAAAGGUAGCGCUAAUUAAUCCCUACCGACGAAAUCGGAGUAACCGAUGUGGCACUUCGAAUUUUGAAGUCAGGGUACUCGUACGUGUGUAAGGUAGGAUCGAGUUGAAACGGCCGUUGGUUUUUCGUGUUAAUACGAAGUGAGACUAACGUUAGUUCUCGUCAUAAAAUAAAAGAUACGGUAGCGAUGGACAGCGAGGCUUGAGUGAGAUCGCGACGAAUCAGUAAAGAUUUGUAAAAAUACAGAAUAAUAAGUCAUGAAAUAAACUCAUUAUAAUAUUUAAUAACGUAAUAACUAUGUUUUUUGAUUCAAUGGUUACUUUAAAAUCAGAUAACUGUUUCAUAGCCAUGUUUCUUAAUAGUCACAUGGUUAGUAUAGAUAAUAUUUUGUGAAAUCGUUAUAUGUGUACGUACAAGCUGCAGUGAUAUCUUCUCCUAACACUUGGGGGGUAAGAUAUAAUUUAUACAAACCAUAAAUAUUUGAGUUCAUUAAAAUAGUUAAAAAAAAUAAAAAUUAGUACUUUAUAUAAUUCUAAACAUUUUAAAUUUAUAAAAGUAUUUAAGUAUUAAAACUGGAUACCUUAAUUGCUCAUUUAUAUUUUAUCACUUAUUUUUCUGUGUUUAUGAUUUAAACUUGAUUAUCUACUCUAGAUAAGCAAAACAUGCAAGCUUCUAUUAUGUCUAUUAUACUAUAUUUAAAUAGUUGUAUUAUAUUAUUUAAAUAGUUGUAACAUCUUCUUUUAUAGGAGGUGGCAUCUUACCCAUAUAUGUUGGGGAAAAUGUCAGUUUUAAAGUGCUUAAUUAAUUUUUUUUGCUCAAAAUUCUGGAAUGUUGAAUUUUUAAUUAUAUUAUUUGUACGAAUAAAUAAAUGUCUCAAAAAUAUUAUAUUAAUUAUUCGUCGCUUAAUUUCAUAACAUGAUGAAGUUGUGCCUGAAAAAAGGCAUAACACGUAUCUUUCCCUGACUUAUCUUAACCAUAUCAUAAUAUCGUGGGUUUUCACUGGUUUCCACUAGUCAAAAAAUACUUUUAAGAGACUGAGUCAAGAUGGCGAGCCGGCUUCGUGUUCGCGCGCGC